UAAAGUACAGCUGUUGCCUGCUUCAUAGUUCAUAAUUAGGUUGGAUUCAGGUAGAUGGUUUAAGGUUAUGUUUGCAGAAGCCUACUUUUUAUUAAAAAAUUUCUAGAUUCUGGUUGUGUAUAUAUUGCUAUCUCUCUGUCCAUCCCCAUUCUAAUAUAUCAAUGUCAUUGUAUAUUUUUUUGGGGUGUGGAAUACAGGUAUGAACAGUGAAUUUAUAGAGAGGGAAUUAGAGUAGAUGACAGAACAGAUCAAAUCACUUAUUCAGACCCUAAAUGCCAACCAGGGAGGAGAACUUGAGGCAGUUGAUGGGAUGACACCUUUAGAUGUAGUUGUCCGGAUUUUAAACAAUCAACUAAGUUAUUUAAUGUGUGUUGAUGAGAAGGCCGAAGAAUUUUCUUCUCGUAUUCAGAGGAUUGCUAGCCAAGUUUCUGCUGCAGAUUGCGAACUGAUGGGUCCAAAGUUCUGAAAGUCCUGAUAUCUGGAAUUGUA